GAGUGCGCUUCCGUUGUGUCAUUUCCUAUCUCCGCAUAAGGGACCGGUGAUUUUCAUCAUGUCGGUGUCUGUGUUAUCCGUUGUGUCCCGCUUUUUGGAGGAAUAUGUCAGUAGUACUCCACAGCGGCUUAAGAUGCUGGACGCCUAUCUUCUGUACAUAAUGCUUACCGGGGUCAUGCAGUUUCUGUAUUGCCUUCUGGUGGGAACCUUUCCCUUCAAUUCCUUCCUGUCCGGUUUCACCUCCUGCGUGGGCUCAUUCAUUUUGGGCGUGUGUCUACGGAUACAAAUCAAUCCUCAAAAUAAGGGGGAUUUCCAGGGGAUCUCUCCAGAGAGAGCCUUCGCAGAUUUUCUUUUUGCCAACACAAUCUUGCACCUAGUUGUCAUUAACUUUGUCGGUUGAUCCAUCGUUGUUUAUAUAUCACGAGUUGCUCUCUUGAGUUGAAGACGCAUUCCGGGCUGCAGUACAUCACUUUUUUUAAUACUCUUUUCUGUGACCUUGCUCUUCUGCAUUACAAGUUGAUUGUAGAGCCACCAUUUCUUGUCUGUUUGGACAGCUGAAACUGCCAAUAAACAUAUGACUUUGUUUCUUGGA